AUGUACAAUGGACGAACUGACCCUGUGGAACACGUGAGCCACUUCAAUCAGAGGAUAGCUGUGCACUUCAAAAAUGAGGCCCUAAUGUGUAAGGUGUUUUUCUCAAAUCUAGGGCCUGUGGCGAUGAGAUGGUUCGAUGGCCUAGCUGUAGGCUCCGUUAUUUCCUUUAGAGAGCUCACCCAAGCCUUUGGGUCCCGUUUCAUCACCUGCAGUAGGGUCCCUCAAUCCCUAGAUUCCUUGUUGUCCAUGUCCAUGCGAGAAGGGGAGACACUGAAAGUGUACUCAGACAGAUACUGGAAAAUGUUCAAUGAGAUAGACGGUGACUUUGACGAUGUGGCCAUCAGGACCUUCAAGGUCAGCUUGCCUACGGAGCAUGGGUUAAGGAAUUCCUUGACUAGGAAGCUUGCCACCAGUGUACUCAAGCUCAUGGAGCAUAUUGAUAAGUACAAGAAGGUCGAGAAGGACCAAUAA